UCAAGAUCAUCACCAUGUUGAAACAAGUACUUGUUCUGGUGGUUUUCCUAAAUGUUGUUUCAUCUUCUUCCAUCAUCAACACUCUACCAGGCUUCUCCGGCGACCUCCCCUUCAAACUUGAAACCGGGUAUGUUGGAGUUGGUGACUUGGAUAAUGUGCAGUUAUUCUAUUACUUCAUUGAAUCCGAGGGUCACCCAGAGUAUGACCCUCUUGUGCUUUGGCUCACUGGGGGUCCUGGUUGUUCUGGGUUCUCUGCUCUUGUCUAUGAAAAUAUAGGUCCACUAUCAUUUGAUGCAAAUUCCACGGGUCACAAGCCACAGUUGAAGAUGAACCCAUUCUCAUGGACAAAGGUCGCCAACAUUAUAUUCUUAGAUGCACCUGUGGGCACUGGUUACUCAUAUGCAAAAACUUGGGAAGGAUACAGCAACAUGAGUGAUACAAUAUCAAGUGCAGAGACUUAUGAAUUUAUCAGGAAGUGGCUAAUAAAUCACCCCAAGUUCAUCGAAAAUCCACUCUAUGUUGCUGGAGAUUCUUAUUCCGGCAUUAUAGUUCCUAUUGUUGUUCAGGAAAUAACAGAUGGUAAUGACGAAGGACUUCAUCCAACAAUGAAUAUCCAAGGAUAUGUGCUGGGUAAUCCAGGAACAAACUUAACUUCCGACCUGAACUAUAGAAUUCCAUUUGCUUUCAGAAAAGCGCUCAUAUCAGAUGAACUAUACGAGUCAAUGAAAACAAAUUGUAAUGGCGAGUAUGUCGAUGUGGAUCCAACUAAUGCAUUAUGUGUAGAUGAUCUAGAUCAAUACAAUGAGUGUGUCGCAGACAUACACAAUCCCCAGAUAUUAGAACCUGCUUGUACUUUAGGGUCCGAGUGGGAAUCAGACGAUGUCAGUAAAGACUCCACGAAUCUUAUUUCUCUUCCUUCUCUUUCUAGACCCUGGUGUCGAAGCUACAUUUAUCGUUUCUCUGGUAUUUGGGCAAAUGAUAAAACUGUUCAAGAUGCUCUUCAUGUUCGGGAGGGAACCAUCAAGGACUGGCCGAGAUGCAAUGGGAGCUUACAAGAUUCAUAUAUAUAUGAUGUCUCUUCUAGUCUGGUUUAUCAUCAGAACCUCAUAAAAAAAGGCUACAGAGUUCUGGUGUACAGUGGUGAUCAUGACAUGGUGAUUCCAUAUUUGGGUACUGUUGCUUGGAUAGAAUCUCUGAACUUGACAGUUGAUAGUCGUUGGAAACCUUGGUUUGUGAAUGGACAAAUUGCAGGAUACAGAGUGCAGUAUACAUAUGAAAAGUACCAAUUAACAUUUGCAACUAUAAAGGGAGGGGGUCAUACAGCUCCAGAGUACAGACCUGAAGAAAGUCUUGCAAUGAUAAGUAGGUGGUUCGCAUUCUACCCUUUGUAGUCGAUCUGUAAUUGUAUUUACCAAUAUGUAAGAGCAUUACUUUGCAAGCUUCUUCGCGAUAUCUAGACUAGGUUUCCAGGUUAAAGAUUCUUCGCAUAGAUUUUUCUUUCUCAUUGCUAGCCUCACCAAAUACACUAGCACUCUUGCGACAACCAUAUUUAUCUAAAGUGAUCAAGGAAACCUCAUUCAUCGUAUUUAGGACUCCUAAGGUUGCAUUUUCAUC